AUGCUUGCGAUCCGCCGACUGCUAACUGUUGAAACGCCAACAGUAUGUUCCCGAGUUACAUUUCAUAAUCGAAGCUCAGUACCUCGUGUAGUUGACGAUCGUGAGAAAGCCCGUGCUUUGCCCGACGAUGCCGGCUACGUGUACCGCUAUCAUCGUCCUGGAGUUGAUCCGCUUCCACGAAUCCCCGGCUGUCGUGUCCCCGUCGCACGACCUUCAUACCACAUUCGCGAUGCUUGG